CCUGGCUAUUUUUAACUAUCGGGUCGUUUCAGUUACGCUUGACAUGCGUGGGGUUUAAAUUUUCUUGGCCAAUCUUGCUGUUUUUUGACGAAAUAUCCAACCCAGGCAUCAAAGGUUAGAAUAUAAACCAUGGAUUCCCAGGAAAUGUAUUUUGCUUUCGGCUCAAAUAUGAACCAAGAUCGCAUGAUAGAGCGAAAGGCUUUUUUCACCAAACGGCAACACGCCAAAUUGGAUGGCUACAAACUUGGCUUUUACUUUAACAAUGGAACUGGGUUUGGCUCUGCAAGUAUUGUCCGAGAACCGAAAUCAGUUGUCCAUGGUGCUCUUUAUACAUUGGAAAAAGGUGGACUUGAGAAACUCGAUAAAUUUGAGUGGGUAGAUCGGGAAGGAUACAGGCGAGUCCAAGUGACCGUGGAAUUGGACUCCGGGGAAAAAGUGGAGUGUACAGCUUACAUAGCUACCGAAAAGUUCUUCCAAGAAGGCUUAAUACCAUCUAGAACUUACCUAAACCAUUUAUUGAAGGGCAAAGAUUUACUUCCCGUGGAAUACUACAAAUAUUUGGAAAAUCACGAGUAUGGGGAACCAAUAUAAAACAGUCGUUUCUGUCCAAACAUUGUUUUUGAGAUCUAUAUAUAUAUGACUUCCUUUCUCACGUGCACCAUCACAAUGUCUCUGAUGAGGUACUUUAUAUUAUGGAGGAGUUUGUGGCAUAUGGUAUUAUCUUUGCUUGUAAGCCUGCUUUGUUGCUGCUUAGACUGAUGAAAAUUUAAAGUGUAGUUAAAGUUAGAUCAUACAAAUGCUCUUAUGAUAAUUUAAUUUUAUUGAUAAGGGAUAACAAGUCAUACCAAACACCUUAAUCAAAUAAGAAAAUAAUAUUAAAUAAUGUAAAAUUUCAUACUGUAAGUUUAGAUGAAUAAUAUUGUAUAACUGCU